AUGGUUUCACUUUGGGGCAAGAAAAACGAUAACGGAGACCGAGAAGAGCAGCAGGAUCAUGAAGAAGAGCAGCCAGUCACUGGACAUCAGCAGGAGGCAGAUGAGCGAACACGGCUGCUACCACGAGAUAACCACGCUUAUCUGAGUCCUGAUGAUCCUGCCGUCUCCCCGUAUAACAUCUGGGGCAUACGCGUCCUACGAGGAUUAUCAGCUUUAUUCCUCGCAAUUAGCUUCGUCUGGUGGACGUUCCUCCUCGUGUCCCUCUUCGUCAACCCGCCGGCGAUGCACACCCGUGGUUCCGGCUUCUUUCCGUUCGCCUAUACCACGCUGACCACCGGGUACCUUGUCAUCGCAUUGAUAUUCUUCUCUAUUCCGUCGAAGCCAAUGACAAUCUGGGGAGCCAUUCUCUCAGUCUUCCUCCUCGUCGACAUGUGCAUCAUCCUCGCCGUCCCCCGUCUCCGCGUUGAAGAAGGCUGGGUCGGAAUCGCAUCGGUAGUCUGGGCCACAUUCAUCGCCCUAUUCAAUGUCAUCCAAAACCAUUCCGUCGGCUGGGGCAAGCGCGAGGAAGAAGAGCGACUCACCGGCCGAGAAGAAACCCGCCGCCCCCUUCGCGAAUGGAUAGCCGUUCUGAUCGAAAUCGUCAUCAUGGGGAUCCUAGCCAUCGUCUCCAUCCUCUUCACUUUGACCCUCAUCCUCCGCGCCCGGGACGCUUCCCUUGAAGCCCCAGGUAAGAAAUACCUCGUUCACGGUGACGCUUACCAAGUCCACCUCGCCUGCGUCGGCAACACCUCCAACAAAAACGCCAACGGCGACCCAAUCCCCACCAUCCUUGUCGAAGGCGGCGAAGAACCCGUCGAACAAUCCCUCCAGCCCUUCAUCGACGACGCGUACCAAAACGGCUCCAUCCAGCGCUACUGUUACUGGGACCGUCCUGGUUUCGCCUGGUCCGACAACGCUCCCUCCCCGCAUUCCGCCGGAAUGGCCUCUGACGCCCUUUCCGAAGCCCUCGCCCUAGCCGGCGAGGAGGGACCCUGGAUCCUCGUCUCCGCGGGUGUUGGCGGCAUUUACAGCCGUAUCUUCGCUAGUCGCCAUCUCCUCGAAGUCAAGGGCUUCCUGCUCAUUGACACCCUGCACGAAGACCUCCUCAAGGGCCUUGGCAGACCCGGCCGCGGCUUCGUCAUCUGGCUCCGGGGAAUCAUCUCCCCGCUUGGAUUGGACAGGAUCGCCGGCGCAAUCUUCAAGGGCCGCUCGCGCGAGGACCGCAUCUUCGGCCGCUCCGCAUACCAAACCGGUAGCUUCAUCCGCACUAAGCUGCAAGAAAACCUCGCUGCGCAGACGAUCACAUACUCCGAAAUCCGCACAGCACAACAUGUCCAGAUGCCCGGUACGCCGGUAGUGGUUGUCAGCUCUGGAACUGAAGUCCGGAGGAAUGACAAGUGGGCCAAGAAGCAGGAGGAACUUACUAAAAUUACGGAAAAUCUGAAGGAUUGGGAUAUUGUUCGGGGUGCGCCGCAUGAGGUUUGGAGGGCUGCGGAGGGGAGGGCUGUUUUGGAGAAGAGGUUGCGGGAGUUAAUUGAUAGUUGA